UGGCGGCCAGGAAUGUGGAGGUGAUGUGUCUGCUGCAGCGCUCACUACAUCCCAUCCUCUCUACGCCGUCACUUCGGAGGCCCCGGACGGACGUGUGAGCCGCGGUAACAUGCUGACCACCGUCCUCCUCCUGAGCCUCUCCCUCCAGCUGCUGGGUGACUGUGAGGGGCAGGCCUGUCCGGAGCAGAGUGAGGCCCUCAGGGUCCUGCGCCAGGUCCAGAAGCUGCUGACUGACCACGAGGCCUCGUACCUGCAGGGGAUGAGAACGUUCAGCAGGAGGCUCCAUCAGCUCAGGGGGCAGCUGCAGAGGCGGGAGGAUAAAGACUCCUGUCCACAGUUAAAGCCGCCGCGUCACGGUCGGAUACUGGGAAGAAAGCGGAAGGCAGGACAUGAGCUGCAUUUCCUGUGUGACCCAGGCUACCAGUUGACCGGCUCUGAAUCCAGAACCUGCAUGGACAACCAGACUUGGAGCGGACAGCCUGCCAUCUGCAGCGAGCUACGUUCUCCGACCAACACCUCGUCCCUGCGUCCGGCCACGUGUUCCACCUUCCAGGGAGUUCAGCACUGCGCCUGUGACCCCGGAUACGGCAUCCAGAGUGGAGGCCUCUGUCAGGAUAUAGAUGAAUGUGGUUUGUACCAAGGAAAAGCCAAUUCAAAGAUCUGUGUGCACGAAUGUGUGAACACGCCUGGGUCAUACCAUUGUGUGUGUCCGCGGGGGUAUCUCCUGGACGCGCAGCCAAACAGUUGUAAAGAUGUAGAUGAAUGUGUCUCCGAUCCGUCGGCUUGUCCUGGAGGAGGGCAAUGCGUUAAUCUGUACGGGGGCUUCACGUGUGUCCAGCCAGAGUGUCCCAAACCCAAGAUGAACACUACGUACGUCAAGAUCUCCAGCCACCAGUGCGAGCGGACCCCGUGCCCCUUGGGAAGCAGCAGCUGUCUGGACGCCCCCCACUCCAUCUCCUUCCACUACAUCCCUUUACAGUCCCAGCUGCCGGUCCCCAGGGUCCUGUUCACCAUGACCGCGCCGCGCUCCCAGGCGGACAGCCAGCGCUUCACCCUGACACGGGGAAAAGGUCACCGCAGCCUGGAAGUACGACAAGCCGGCAGACACCGGGGAGAACUGCUGCUCACCAAGUCCGUGAGCGGCCCGGCCGAGCUGCAGGUGGACGUGGAGAUGGCGGAGAUGUCACCGCAGGGCCUACUGGGGAGGCACGUGUUCACCGUCACACUGUUCGUGUCGCAGUACACCUUCUAGGCACAUGGAGGGUUAAUCUGGGGCGCUUCUGGGGGGGGGGUCACUUCUCACCGCUGCUUGUUUUCUAUGUUAAUUCUAUGGGUCUGGUAAAUAAACAUGUUUCUUCUGCUGCGGACCUACAGGUGGGUUAUGGGGCCCUGCGUGUUAGGGGCCACACAGAGUGGAGGAGGCUGCGGUUGUCCCUCCAGGGUAACAUAAGGACAGGGGUGCGGCAGAGGCGGCUGAUAAAGGGCAGGUUGCUGAGAGUAAAUGUUCAGGUAAACAGACGCGGGAACGGCGGAUUCCAGGAAUAACCUGCGGGCACAGUGUGGGGCGGGCACCACAGGGGGCAUAGUGCCCGGUCACAUCUGCUGCACAGACCCAGACUCCUUACAUUAAGCUUCACCGCACUUUCUUGCUUGCUGUCAGUGAAUAGGCUCCCAUACCGAUGCCCCAUGGUCUUCAGUCACUGCUUACAUGCAGCCCCUUUAUUCUAGCAAUAAGUGGGGGGGUCACGGGGCUCAGAGCCCUCCCCAGGGGACUGGCUGAGUGUAAUGGCGG